AUGGAUCAAAUGCUGCACGAGAGGAAGAAGCAAUAUAUACGCGCCAAAAUUGUUAUAGAGAAGUUCAUAAAAGAAGGGAAGCCCAUUCCUGUAAACAAGGAAGAAUACCUUGAGGCUAUGAAGGUGUGUGAUAGGAUUGCACAGAUUUAUUAUCGGAUUCUUGAUUGCCCAGCGUGUUUCUUUCAAGCGGAGGAUUCCAUCAUCAAGGACGACUUUACUGUCAUCACCAACGCCGAGCCUGUCUUCUUUUCACAAAUGCCCAUUGCCGAUCUUCGAGAAUACACGUUUGAGCCGCUUGGCUCUAGAAACAGAUUUCGCGAGUAUGGCAACGAGGAAUAUCUUUCGGUGGUCGAUAUUCAAAUUUCGAAUCUCCUGAGCACUUCAUCAAAAGAAACCCCCGAAUAUGAGGUCCUACAUCAAUAUGGCAACUGGCAUAAUGAAAGGCAAGUUUAUCACCAAAUUUGGAUCCGCACACGAAAUACAUUGCUAAUCCUAGUUUUAGAGCCGUACGAAAUAUCCGCUACUAGCUCGCCCGCGCCUAUCAUGCGAGGGGAGUUGUUAUCCAUCCUCAGCGUGACCUGGUGGAAAAACAAGGUCAUCAUUGGGAAGGGGCACAAGUUCAUUCCGAACAAGAUGUUGAGUAUGAUUUUCCAUCAGAUCCUUCUCGUAUCCAUUCGCACCGGCAAUUUUCGAACCGUUGAGGCCUAUUACGAUGGGUCUAGAUUUUUUCUACGAUACGGCAAGCCUGUUCCUAUGAACUUCACCGAGUCCAUAGAAGACCGUACUAAGGCUUUCGAAUGGGCAAUUCAAUGGCUUCUCUCCUCCCCACUUGGGGAUACCCGAAACUUGGAAUCCAUAACCAGCAUGGGAUGA